AUGCCUACCGAGAUCCUUAUCGUCGGCGCCGGCGCCAUUGGAGCCUUCUACGCAUCACGCCUCGCUCGUGUUCCCGACGUCCAUGUCUCCGUCAUCUGCCGCUCGAACUACAAAGCUGUAAAAGCGCACGGCUUCCGAGUGACGUCGGCGCAGUAUGGCGACUACACCUUCACACCCACCCACACAUUUGCAAACCCCGACGAAGCGCGAAACAGCCGAAAACAGUGGGACUAUAUUGUUGUGAGCACGAAGGCGCUGCCGGACGUGAGUGACGACUCUGCGAUCCUGCAAGGACUAGUUGGCGAUAGGACAGCCAUUGUGCUCAUACAGAACGGGCUGGGUGUGGAGGAGCCGUACAAGAGUAGAUUUCCAGAUGCCGAAAUUUGUAGCGCUGUCACUAUCGCGAGUUGUGCGCAGACGAGCCCAGGCCAGAUCAAGCACAACCGCUGGACCCGGAUAAACAGCGGGCCAUACCUUCCGCACCUGGACACUGGGAGCGCAAAAGAGUCAGACGCAAAGGCAAUCGAGAAGAACGGUGGAUUCAUAGCGUUGCUGCAGAAGGGUGGUAUCAUGGACGCGGAAGCCUACGAUCAUGCCAAACUACAGCUGGUCCGAUGGCACAAGAUCGCCAUCAACGCAUCCAUGAACCCGUCAUCUGUACUUGCAGGCGGUAUUUCAAAUAACGUCAUGUCUAAUGACUCCGAGCUCUCAAUACAUCUGAAGGGCGUCAUGGAAGAAGUGUUAGCUACAGCACCGAAGAUCCUGGGAAAGCCGUUCCCGAAGGAAUUUGCGACGCCGGAACGCAUACUACGAAGUACACAGAAGAAUACGAGCGGUAGCAAGCCUAGCAUGGCGCUAGACUGGGAACAGGGCAAGACUAUGGAGUUGGAAGUCAUACUCGGCAACCCAAUUAGAAUCGCCCGGGAGAGAGGAUUCGAGAUGCCCAGGAUGCAAACACUGUACGCCCUGCUGCGAAUGGCACAAGAAACAAGAAACACAUCGAAGCAGAAGAGCAAAUUGUAG